CUUACCGAAAAGUAGACCGUCGGAUUCUUUUAGGUCAUCAACAGCAGGGCCUUAAAAAACCCUAACCCUCUCUCAUAUCAUCUCCUCUGCAGCAGGUCGCCGCUCCUCUCGACGACGGAAAGAGAACCCCAUUCGACUGAAAAGGAGAGAUGGGCGAAGAAGCCAAGGCAGCAGCUGUGAUUCCGGAAUCCGUGCUGAAAAAGAGGAAGCGGAGCGAGGAAUGGGCAUUGGCCAAAAAGCAGGAGAUCGACGCUGCAAAGAAGAAGAAUAAGGAGAACCGAAAGCUUAUUUUCAAUAGAGCGAAGCAGUAUGCGAAGGAGUAUGAGGAUCAGGAGAAGGAGCUGAUCCAGUUGAAGCGUGAAGCAAGGUUGAAAGGCGGAUUUUAUGUCAGCCCAGAAGCUAAGUUGCUGUUCAUCAUCCGCAUCCGUGGUAUUAAUGCCAUGCACCCAAAGACAAGAAAAAUUCUGCAGCUCUUGCGUUUGAGACAGAUAUUUAACGGUGUGUUUCUGAAGGUCAACAAGGCCACUGUGAACAUGCUGCAUAGGGUUGAGCCCUUCGUGACAUAUGGCUAUCCCAAUUUGAAGAGUGUGAGGGAAUUAAUUUACAAGAGGGGUUAUGGCAAGCUGAACAAGCAGAGAAUUGGUUUGACUGACAACUCUGUUAUUGAGCAGGCAUUGGGUAAGUUUGGCAUAAUCUGCAUAGAGGAUCUCGUUCACGAGAUCAUGACUGUUGGACCCCAUUUCAAGGAGGCCAACAACUUCUUAUGGCCGUUCAAGCUCAAGGCGCCGCUGGGUGGUCUUAAGAAGAAGAGAAACCACUACGUUGAAGGAGGGGAUGCUGGAAACAGAGAAGAGUACAUCAACGAGCUCAUCAGAAGGAUGAACUAGCCCCUUAUGCGAAAUUUUCCUUCAUUCCAGGUUCUUCUAUUGAUAAUAGAAAUUACUAGAACUCAGUUUUUCCCUGCAGGGGGGCAGUAUUUUGGAGAACACGGAAGUAGUUUUGCAAUUUUGUUGCAUUUGGAAUUGGAAUUGGAAUUGGAAUUAUGCUGUUUCAUGAGUAGUGCAUGUUUUUUCUGUUUUUAUUAAAGAUUCACCAAUUAUGCCUGA